UUGAAGGAGAGAAAAUGCGGAUUGAUUCGGAAAUAAGUUACAGUUUUUGAUCUGGAAUGAUUUUAUACAGCCUUUAGCUUGUCAAGGACAUAGAAGAGGACAGAGCAGAAUGCGGCGCUCAGGAGCUCCCAGCCAGCUUUUGGGUAAUGCAAUGAAAAAGCCAAGAUUUGUGCCACCUGGAGCAUCAACUUCAUGUCUUGCGGCAGAAUUCAAGCCUCUGACCCCUAAACUGGGUUUAGGCAAUGCACUGGAUAAGGUCCACAGAAGUCUUGCAGCUCCAGCUGUGAGUACGACACCAUGUACCGUCCAGCCCAAAGCUGCCCAGACUGCUCCAGCCUUGUCCAGGGCUCUGGCUCGUGUUCUCAGUGCAACAGAGAGCAAAGAAAACGAGACAGAACACGAAAACCCUGACUCGGGAGACUGUGCAGAAGACAAGAAAGAAGCAGAGGUGACUCCCAGGUCUCCUGAAACCCCUCGGCCUCCUGCAGGCUCAGACGGCGGCUGCAGUCAGGAUGGAGUGCGGUACCUCAGCGUGGUCUGGUGUAAGGCCAGCAAGAAGAAACACAAGCGCUGGGAGGGCGACGCGGUGCUGAUUACUAGAGGACGCAGCGUCACACUUAAGGACAUGGAGGGGAAGGAUAUUGGAAAGGGUAGCGGCUACAAGGUGUCACAGCUGGCGUCGCUGUCUGAAGGAGAGACCCUGAUGAUCGGCGGGAAGGAGGUGGAGGUGAUGGGAGUCAUUUCUGCAGAGGACUUCGCCAAAGGCCGCUGUUUCCAGGAGGUUCAAACGGAGCAGGUGGAGUCGCACGCAAAGUCUGCUCCACCUCCACCCCGUCGCUUUGCAUCCAAACCUUUCUGUCCUCCUACGAUGGUGGGCCGAGCGGAGCAGCCAGAGAGGAAGCCAGAGGAGGAACAGACCUGCAGGCCUCGCCAUGACCCCCUAGCUCCAGGUGCCCUGGUGAUGCCUCGCCCCUCGUCCAACCACCAGUGGUCUAACAACAAGUUGGGGCUUCCUGUGGUGGAUGUUGUGGUGGAUCCACACCUGACCGCUCACCUGCGACCUCACCAGAGGGACGGCCUGCUCUUCCUCUACGAGUGUGUCAUGGGCAUGAGAGCUGUGGGUCGGCACGGUGCCAUCCUGGCUGAUGAAAUGGGUCUGGGAAAGACGCUGCAGAGCGUUGCGUUGUCCUGGACGCUGCUGAAGCAGGGCCCUUAUGGCGGGAGGCCGGUGGCCAAGCGAGUCCUCGUGGUGACGCCCGGCAGCCUGGUGCAGAACUGGAAGGCAGAGUUUAACAAGUGGCUGGGCCGGGAAAGGAUCAGCGUCUUCACCGUGGACCAG